AUGAUUGGGUUGAAGUAUAGUGCUGUUGAUUUCAAAAGAAUUAAGGACUUGUGCUCAACAGCUGCUGAACAACAACAACUAGAUUAUUCCUUCCAAGGCACAAUGAAGUUUGAAAUGGAAAAAUUAUUUUCUCAAUUGGAAGCAUCAGGGCAGAAAAGUUUAUUAAACUUCUCUCCUUGUUUUGGAUCGUUACCAGGUCAUCAAAACUUUUUACUUGAAUCUGAAAAAGAAGAUUUUAGUCCAAAGUGUGUCACAGAAUUUCCUAUGAUAAUUUAUCAGGUGAAACCCAUUCAUAAAAGUGAAAACAAAUCAAAAUCUCGCAAACGUUUAAAACUGUCUUCUAUAGAAAGUGGAAAAUCAAUGGAAGAAAAUAAAUUAUUAUGGUCAAACAAAAAACAAAAACAGGACACUACAAACAACUCAAGAAAACCAGAACAACUAAUUCAAACGUAUGCAGAAAACAUUUCAAAAAAUAGCAUUUCAGCAGAUACACCAGUGCUAAAUAUGACCCCGACGCCAACCAAAAGAGAAAAAUCGCCAGAAGCUGACAAGAAGCCAUCCGACCGAAGAACUAGAAGAGUUUAUAGCGAACAUGAAACAGAAAUACUUGAAAAUGCUUUUCAAAAUUCCAAUGGAUAUCCAGAAAAAUCUGUAAUUCUACACAUCUGCAAGAUUCUGAAUGUAGAUGAAGAAAGGAUCAGAAAUUGGUUUCAGAACAGACGAGCUAAGUGUAAAAAACCCGCAAAAGUUGCUCCAAAAUCUCCGUUCAAAUUGGUACCUAUUGCGCCGGCAACUAAUGGAAUAAUGAACAACGUGAAUUCUAUUCAGAAUCCUUAUCUCCUGCAGAUGCCAAGCUUCAUGAAUUCACCAACAAAUUUCAGUUAUGCUCCAAGAAUUUCAUAA